AGCAAUUGUAGUUUUGUUUUGGUUUGUUUUGUUUUGUUUUUUUCAGGAGAGAUUUAAAGGGAAUUUGGAAAGGGGGAACAAAAUUAAAGGAGGAAAAAAGUUUAAAAGUUAAGGGAAAGGAGGAGAAAGCUUUAAACAGAAAAAUUGAAGAGGGAGCUAGUUUUUAUUUUUAAUUUUUUUUUUAAGAGGAGGAAAAAAAAUAAUUGAGGGAGAGAAAAAAAAAUACUAAUUGCGAAGGGCUUGAUCCGGGAGAACAAUACUCGCCGGGAAAGUUGCUGCGCGACGGGGAGGGAGCGGCGGGAGGAAAAUGCCGCAGCUGGGCAGCGGCGGCGGGGACGACCUGGGCGCCACGGACGAGAUGCUGGCCUUCAAGGACGAGGGCGAGCAGGAGGAGAAGAUCCCCGAGAACGCCUUCACCGAGCGCGACCUGGCCGACCUCAAGUCCUCGCUGGUGAACGAGUCGGAGGGCAGCGGCAGCCCGGCCGCGGCCGCCGCCGAUGCCGAGGCCCUCCGGCGAGUGCAGGAUCCGCAGAGGGUGUACCAGGAGAAGCUCCCGGACCACAUGGAUGAUGCAGGUAUGAAACAUCAGGACCCAGGGAUGUAUAAAGGAUCUGCCUAUUCUGGUUACCCUUUCCUGAUGCUCUCAGAUCCGUAUCUGCCCAAUGGAUCUAUGUCACCUCUGUCCAACAAAGUUCCCGUGGUGCAGCCGUCGCACGGAGUGCACCCGCUCACCCCGCUCAUCCCCUACAGCAACGAGCACUUCAGCCACGGCUCCCACUCCCCCCACCUGCCUGCUGACAUCAACCAGAAACAAGGAGUGCACCGUCCUUCGCAGACCUCAGACAUCCCUGGUUUCUACCCCCUGCCCCCCGGAGGAGUGGGGCAGAUCACGCCGUCGAUGGGAUGGUUCACUCACCCUCUGAUGCUGGGCUCUGGCAUGCACACCACCGGCAUCCCGCACCCCGCCAUCGUGCCCCACUCCGGCAAGCAAGAGAUGGAGCACUACGACAGAAACAUGAAACCUCAGCCAGAACCAAAGAGAGAGAAGGAAGCCAAGAAGCCCACUAUUAAGAAGCCCCUGAACGCUUUCAUGUUGUAUAUGAAAGAAAUGCGGGCGAAAGUCAUCGCCGAGUGCACCCUGAAGGAGAGUGCUGCCAUCAACCAGAUCUUGGGCAGGAGGUGGCACGCUCUGUCCCGGGAGGAACAGGCCAAGUACUACGAACUGGCUCGCAAGGAACGGCAGCUCCACAUGCAGCUCUACCCUGGCUGGUCUGCCAGAGACAACUACGGAAAGAAGAAGAGACGAACACGAGAAAAGCAGCAAGAUUCCAACUCAGAUCCUGCCUCUCCUAAGAAAUGCAGAGCUCGCUUUGGCCUCAACCAACAAACGGACUGGUGCGGCCCGUGCAGGAGGAAAAAGAAGUGCAUUCGGUACCUACAAGGAGAAGGACGCUGUGCCAGCCCAGUUUCUUCCGAUGGAAGUGCUAUAGACUCCCCUCCAUCCCCACCGGACGCACUCCGAUGCAUCCCCUCCGCCUUCCCGUCAGAGCAGCUCGCAGCCCCCGCCGACCCCGCGCACCGCGACCAGCCCGACCCCUGCCCCGUGUCCGCGCACCUCCCGCCCGCCUCCGGCCCCUCCAGACCCGGCGCCCGGCGCUGCUCGGCGCCCCCCGCCUACAGCCGCGCCUCCUCGGGGACAUAGUCCCUGCUGCCCCCGGACGAGGACCAGAGGCACAGCCAAAUCCCCAUCUCAUUGUAAAACAUGCAAAGUUUGGCCACAGGAUGACUUAAGGAUGAUGGAAAACUCAUUUGGUUGGGGUUUUUUUGGAGGGGAGGGAUGAUAAAGAUAGAAAAGCAAUUUCAAAAAAAAAAAGGUAAAAAAUAAGUACUUGCCAAAAGUUAAAGUGCUGAUGAGUAAACAAGCCUUUUGUCCCUGCCCUCUGAUGCUUUUUUUUGUUUGUUUCGGGUUUUGUUUUGGUUUCUUUUUUACUGUAUUAUCUCCAAGCGUGGCCGAGAGCAGAGCCACAUCCCCAGCUUGCUGCUGUAGGUGGUAGGUGCUGUCAGUCUAACCCUGGCUUCCACUCCCUGCCCUCUGAGCUGCUUCAAAGUGUAGUCACUCACAGAUGUCCCAUAGCCCUUACACCAAGGAGCUGGAAAAGCUGGAAUAGGAGAUUUUUUUUAAAAGCCCAGAUGUCUGAAAAGGAAACUAAGCGAUGCCAGCGUUCUGAUCUGACAGGGUAAAACAGAAAUUAAAUAUUUAAAGCAAUGAGGUGAAUUUUUUGAACUUCUUGUUUGAGAACGGGAAGAUGUUGUUUGCAGGUACCAGGUCUCUGUGCAGACAUGUCCCCUUCCAUGGUUGUACAGCAAGGCAGAGGAAAAGGGAGCACCAGGCAGGCAAAGGAGCAUGGACUGGCUGCUGGUUGCUCAGGACAUUGGGCAGGUGCAGCAUCUGUCCUCUGCACAUGUGGAUGGUCAGAAAUCCCACCAGACAGACUGGCCACAGCCUCAGAAAUCAGUCUGUUGCUUUAGUGGGCUCUGACUGAGCUCUGCACCUGCACAGCAGUGAGCAGGGCAGGGCAUGUGGGAGCCAGCAGCCCCAGGAUCACACUGGCCAGUGGUGCAGGAUCACACCAGCCCAGGGCUGAGGAUCACACUGGCCACUGGUGCAGGAUCUCACCGGCCCAGGGCAGAGACCCACAGUGGCCCAUCGGGUCCCUCAGGGGGAGGUGUGAGCUCUCCUGGCAGCACAGCAGCACUCACUGCCCUGCUCUGCAGGCAUGUCUGUACAUACCCUUGGUGAGAUAAGAACCCUCUUUGUCAUGAUUCAGUGAAGAACUUUUUAAAAAACCUUAUUCUAGCUUUUUCUAAAAGAUUCUCCCUCCACCCCAAUGAUGAUGCCAAAUGUUCAUAUAUUCUCUCCAGCUUUAAAAUGUUUCCCAGUUUCUGGUACUGUAUUUAUAUUUUGAGUUUGAUAAACCUAAAACACUGUGGAUGGAUUAUGAUCUCCAUGAACUGAUGUAAAUCCCAAAUAAUUCCAAGUUCUGGAUUUACUUCAGGUUUACAGUCUUCUCAGAGACCACAGUCUAGUCCAGUGCAGACUUUUUUUCCUGUUUGAAAGAAAUCUAUUCCAGACUGCUGAAGAGAAAAAUGACACCACACUGAGGUAGAGGGGGCACUAUUUUUUUCCUACUUGAUAGAUGGGUUUUGGAGUACUGAAUACAAAUUAUGUAGUAAUAUUAUUGUAGAACUGCAAGAAAUUUAAGAUGACCUUUAUAAUGUACAAACUAUUUUUAUAUUUUUUCUUAAUGCAAAAACACAAACCAUAAUUUUUUACAUUGGAUUAAACGUAACUUUUUAACCAACUUUAUGCCUCAAAGAUUUAAAAAUUAAAAAGAAAAAAAAAAAGCCAAACCUAACUAGUCUGUAGAGCAGCUUUGGCUUUAGUCCCUUUAUUUAGAUGGUUUUGCUUCUAGUAGUGUAGAUUUUUUAUUUCUGGUUUUAGUUUUGAAGAUCUAAACCUGCUUCUUUAUUCCUCUCCUGUAUAAAUGUAACUUCAGAAGCACUGACAGAAAGCUACGUGCACAAACCUGACAAGUUUGCAGAGUCAUUUUGAAGUAUGAAUCAUUUUAACCCUUGGAGAAGUAGCAUUACCUGAUGCAAUGCCAACUUUUGUACUGACUGCACUCAGAGGGUUAAUUACAUAGCACUAGAUCAAUAUGCAAUCUGCUCAUUUUAAAUUAUUUUAGCAAGCUUAGCCAACAGCAUGUUCUGGUGCUGAACAGAGGAACUCAGUAGACUUGCCAGACCUGAUAUGAUCUCUUUAAUCACGUGAUUUUCAAACAAAAGAAAAAGCUUUAAAAAUGGUUGUGUCUCAGCUCAUGAUUUGUCACUCUGAGACCCUCUGCUGUAAGGUGUUGUAAGUGUCACCUCCUGGAAACACCAGAGAUGACAGAGCAGCCACCACAGCCUGGUGUGCCCCAUCCUGGGUGUAAGGCUGGUGCAACUCAACACCCAACUGCUACUGCAUGGUUGGAUGACAGAUGGAACUUAGCAGCAAAGCAAAGGCAGGUAGAAAAGGAAAGGCAGAUGUGUCUAAAUAACACCAGAGGAAAUUUCAGGGCAAGUCCCGAUCAGUAUUAAACUGGCCGAGGCACCCAGACCAGCCCUCGUUCAUUUCACCCCCGGGACUUUCACCCAUUUAUUUCAAGGCUCCUCUGGCCCCUCCAUGGUGUGGAGUCCCUGCCUGGACCAGCAAAAGGCUCUCCUGCAUUACAGCCUCCUCUCACCACUGUAAUUCCACUGGUUCCUGCCAGAGCUCCUCAGUGACACUGAACACCCCCUCUCCAGGAGCCCCUGCCUGUGCCCCGUGGCACAGCAGCAUUUCCAGAGCCCCAGAGCUGGAGCAGCCACACUCAGCAUUGUGUGCUCUGCUCUAUACAUUCAGGCCAGAGCUCACCCUGUGCUUCCACUGCUGCAGGAUAAACUCACAACACCCACUGGUGAUAAACUGCACCCAGUUAAACCUGGGGAAACUGAGAAAAUGUCAUCAUUUUUAUUCCAAAACACAGAAAAGUUACUGUUUGGCCACUCCUUUCCAAGACAAAAGAGCAUGACUGACUUCUGUUCCAUGGCCCCAUGGCUGAUAACCAAUGCCAAAACAGUUAUAAAUACCAAAAAAAGUGUCUUUCAAACUGCCAUAUGAAGUGUUGCUAUUUUGUGUUAAUACUCUUUUUUAAUAAAAGGAAGACUUUGCCCUGAAGUUUUUAUCUCAACAAAAAUUUUUUUUUAGUUCUUUUACAGCAGUUUUAACUCUUCCUGAAAUACAUAUUUGAAUUCCUGGAAUCAGUCUGAAUGUAGAAGUCAUGGAAGUACCACUUCAUUAAAUCAAGUAAAACCACUGUAUGUAUGUAGCAGGGAUAAAUGUUUUGCAGCUGUACCUUCAUUUGUCCAAUGACUAUCCAUCAUUUGUUGUAAUUUUUUUACUUCACUGAGUUUGUAUUUUUUGGCUUUUAUGUUCAAAGUAUGUUUAUAGCUUUAUAAAUAAAGUAAUUGCCAGACUGGCUGUUCAAAA